AUGAUUACAACGCAGAGUACUACGCAAAGCACCACCACUAAGCGGCGGAACUCUGUCCAUACCAACCUUUUUGACCCCAAGCUUUACCAAGUGCCUACACUACCUCAGGGGUACCAUAAAUCUCCUAACAGUGCGCCUCGGAGUUCCAUCCCAGAGAAGCCUAUCGCUGGCAAUGAAAACUUAUUGCAGCAAAAAGUCGACCACCUGAUCCCUGAGCAGCUUAGAGGUUAUCUGCCUGUGGUAAAUGCGAGAGUCACUUCACUCUGUUGCGUCUGGUACAUUACAUCUUCGAUUUCAAGUAAUCUCUCGAAGGCCAUUUUGAGUACUUUUCCCCAUCCUGUUGCCCUCACCGAGUUGCAAUUUCUCAUUAGUGGCGCUUUGUGUCUGCUCUUUGUUUCGCUGGCGAACUGGUUGAGCUCUGACAAGUUGAAGAAAAGUUCAGCCUCCAAGACACUUCUUUCUUUUCCCGAGGGAAUUCUACCAAGCUACCUCGAUGGCGACUUCAAAAAAUGUGUUUUGCGCAAGUUCCUGACGCCAUGUAAACUCGCUUUAACCACCACUCUACCCAUGGGUCUAUUUCAGCUUGUUGGUCACAUCAGUUCCCACAAGGCGACUUCUUUAAUACCAGUGUCACUGGUUCACUCAGUGAAAGCGCUCUCCCCCAUUAUGACGGUAUGCUUUUAUCGCUUCUUCAAGGGCAAGCAUUACAACCGUAUGACUUACCUAACUUUGGUGCCCCUAAUUUGUGGUGUAAUUAUAACCUGCUGGUCCACCCAUGGUCACAAGAAGCCUAGUGAAUCUGCUAAUGAAAAAACCUUUGUUUUAGGGCUUUUCUUUGCUCUACUGUCCAUGGGAAUCUUUGUUUCACAGAAUAUCUUUGCCAAGGGAAUUCUUACUGUUAAGAAGCAGCGCGGAAUACUGCCUUCGAAAGCGGAGAAGCUUUCAAACAUGAACGAAAAGGAGUUUUCUCCAUUCCAAAUUGACAAGCUGACCAUCCUAUUCUACUGCUCCUGCAUAGGCUUCAUCCUUACUUUGCCAUUCUUUAUCUCUGAUGGCUUGAUAAACUUCAACUCGGACAAAAGUUUUUUGAACGACUUCUGCCUGAAAACACUUUUUUUGGUGCUUAUACAUGGCGCAACACAUUUCUUCCAAGCCAUGCUUGCGUUUCAAUUAAUCGGUAUGCUAUCUCCGGUGAACUACUCUAUUGCCAACAUCAUGAAACGUAUUGUUAUCAUAGCAGUGGCAUUGGCAUGGGAAUCAAGCCUGUCGCUAAGGCAGGUUUUAGGAUUAUCAAUGACAGUUGUUGGUCUUUACGGCUACGACAAAUGGGGGCUCUCCAAAAAAUGA